UAUAGCUGAUUUCUGCAUUGUAUUUUGUACGAUGACCAAGACGAACAUUAGUAUGGAAGCAGAACAUCUGAACGGAACGUUCAUCGACGACCUGGACAACAAGUUCAUCUAUCAUCGAGAGACAUUCUUCAAUCUUCUGGGAUGCAUCAUCACUAUCAUAAUUGCCCUCACAUGCAUCAUCGGAAAUGUCUCUGUGAUUCUGGUGUCGCUAUGGGAUGAAUUUCUCAAACUCCAAGCUUCGAACAUUCUGAUUAUGUAUCUGUCAGCUAUCGAUGCUCUUACUGGAAUAUUCCUGAUGCUCCCUUCAGCUGUGGCCGUGGCUGCUGACCACUGGCCAUUAGGUCCGAGUGCCUGUAAAGUCCACGCUGGUCUUAACUACAUGUUGGCCUGCUCUUCUUCCUUCAAUAUUGCCCUCAUCAGUGUGGAUCGAGCCAUAGCGGUCAGCUAUCCUUUCAAAUAUCCGACCAUGAUGACACAUAAAAUAAUGAUCAUCUUCUGUGGUUACAUCUUCCUUCAGAGUGUUGUCAUAGGUCUGAUAGGUGGCGCCCCAGAAUGGAAUGACUAUGAUUACAGCUUUGGAGUGUGUUGUUUAAAGUUUAAAACAACCUCGGCGGAGGAAUUCCUUCAGGCAUUAAUAUGGGGAAAUGUAUUCUGCUUUUAUACACCAGCUGUAAUAAUCAGUUUUUGUAAUGCUGUUAUAAUGAUAACUGCCAAAAAGUCUAAGAAAUCCGUUCGCCCACAUCUCGCCAAUCCAGCUCAAGUCAGCCAAGGAUCGCACAUGCGCAAAACCAUCAAAAGCAUGAUGGUAGUUGUCCUAAUGUACUACAUUUGCUUCACGCCUUAUUCUGUUAUAAGUCAGUUAAACUACUUCGUCGGAGUAGAUUUCCCACAACAGUACAAUUAUUUAGCAACCAUUUCUAUAUUCAUUUCCUCGUCAGCAAAUCCAUUUAUUUACGCAAUUUUGAGAAAAGAUUACAGAAAUGCUUUCAAAAAAUUUCCCAGAAUGUUAGCCGAAAAAUGCUUUUGUUCAUAUUAA